AGAAAAUGACGCACGGCGGCAACUGCAUACACUGAGAAUCAGACCAAGGAGCUCUUACGGACCGCAGUCCGGUCAAACGGUCUUGCACUCAAGUACUGUGUUCCUGAGCUUGUCGACAAACCCAUAGUCGCCGACGCCGUCCGCGAAAACCCAUACGCACUUCGAUUUGUGACCAAUGACGACUUCCGAUGCGAUCAAGCCCUCCUGCAAAAGCUUUUGGACGGAGCCAGUCCGAUGCUGCGUACGGAUUGGCACAUCCAACUGCCGAGAAGUACACCUAUGCUAGCCGGAACUCAACCUCAGAGCUGCUGCUCGGAACCACUCAAGACAAAUGCAGUAGACGAUGUCGUUCCGCGCAUCAAAAACAAGUGCUCUUCCUGCUCACUGGCGCUGCUGAAAAACAAGGCCAAGCCUUGGCCUUGUUCUUCGAAGGGCAAGCGGAUUUGCUAUCACGAGCGCGAUGAAACCAUACGCAGGCAAGCAUGCUUGAUGCAGCGUUACAUUCAAAUAAGUGACUUCUGCGGUGACGGUGAGCACGUCUGUAAUGCAGUAUGCUACCGACAGGACCACUACUACCCCCACAGCAUAGAACCACUCAACUUCGGUGAGUGGGAAUCUUUCACGAAUCCAAGUCUAGCAGCCCGCUUUGAUGACGUUCAAGAAGAGGAGUACGACAGUGUUCCGGAAGAGCUGUCAGCCUUGGUGUUGCAGUAUGAAUCGCCUCUGCAGCAUCGAGUUCGUGACUCAGAAGAAGUAGUGCGUCGUUGCGUACAACUUGAUGGACUAGCCCUCGAGCAUGCGAGUCCACGGCUUCGCCAAAACAAGGAAAUUGUAAAAGCCGCAGUUGCACAAAAUCAUGACGCCCUCCUUUUUGCCGGAACCAACCUUCGCCAAGAUCCUGAAUUCAUAGUCCAACUCAUGGAGGACACAUGUGCCGAAGUAUUUUGGAAUGCUGACAAAGAAGGUGUGCAGGGCAUCUUGCUGCAAGGACAGGCAAGGCCGGAUCUAUCUUUGCGGGCACUACUGGUGUACCCGUCGCUCUUGAAAUUUCUUUCUUCGGAGAUGGCAGACUACCCUGGCAUUGCAGAGAAAGUACUGCAGCUAGACGGAAAAAUCCUCGAGUUCCUCCCACCGGCCUUCCGAAGCGACAGACACUUCGUCAAGAUAGCGAUGAAGUCGGGCGGUUUGUUGCACCACGCACCGGAGACACUGCAAAGCGAUGCUGCGUAUGAAAGGAAGCGAAGCGUUCACCUUCCCGACACGUGUUACAAUACAUUUCUUCAAUGUUCUGCAUCUCUUGUGUUGAUUACACUCCUAGUAUCUCGGCUUGGUCUUCUUAUCACUUCUCUGAUGGGUAGAGCAUAUGCGGCAGCCCGCUUUGCGUCAACACGCCUCGCGCUCGCGCUGGAGUGUGAAAAAAACCCAGGACAGAGCGCAGGUGCCAGGAUUCUUCUAUCGACAUUCGAUGUGUUACAUACAGAAAUGGCAUGGAUCGUGCUAUCCGCGAUAGCUGCGUGACAAAUUACGUGUAUAUAAAUAAACCAUGGGGAAUGUCAAUGUGGGUCUUCUUACUUCUUGUCCAUAACUACCUGAUCAGAGAGAUGCUUCUCUCGCACUCGGCGCAGUUGGAUGUUGAGCCGACCACGCCACCCUACGAAGACAAGCGUUUCCUGAAGACUUACUGGCCAUAUACAAUCGACAACCCGUGCAACGACUUGGAACUACUAGAGGCUGCGCUCCGCCUUGGUAUAGCAAACCACGAGCACAUUCAUCCGCUAGUUGCUGAUGUUCCCUCGAUUGUGCACCUGACCUUGCCGAAACUGCGCAAUUCUGUUGGUUUGGUUUACCCCGGCAAAGUGCCAAAGGGUCUGGAUGAAAUCCCACAGGUGAUGCGAAACGAUCCAUUUGUCCAGCGAGAGUUCUACGUGGAAACCGUCACUCGGAGUAGGCGCAACCUGGACCGGGACGUCAUUUUAGCGGGAAUCAAAUCCGAAAAUCCGAUGUUUUGCGCCGAUUUCUUUUUCAACAUGAACCUG